UUAUUAAUAACAAUAUUAAUUGUGGGAUUUUUUAUUAAUUUUUCCCAUUUCUUUAAUUCUUUGGGCAUUGAUCAUUCACUCUGUGUUCUGUUGAUGAUCAAAGGUAUCUUAAAUCAAUUAUAUUAUAUCAAUAUAUUCGUGGUUCUGUCUACGCUCCAACCCAUGAUUUUUAUAUGACAUAAAAAAACUAGAUUCUUUCGAAAGAUCAAAGAAUUUUUAAAUCAAAUUGAAAAUGAGAAAUUCUUGUACUUAUACAUGCUAAUCUCUUAUUUAUUUUAUAAGUUUUUUAACAUUUAAUAUAUUUUUAUUCGUUAAAAUAUAAACUAGUUGUUUUUGGAUAAGUCUAGAUUAAUUAAAGAAUUGUAUCGAUAAUUUUGAAUGUAAACAUAGUAUUGAGUUCAUAACGACGUGUUAUUAAUAUGUCAAUUACAAUCGACAAGAAAGGAAAAAAAAAUACUCGUAAGCCAGUAGAUAGCGAGCACAUACAACAUGCAGAGUUUAUUAAAAAGUGUCAUCUAAAAUUAAGAUUAAACUCUAUGAAAAUAGGUGCUGACGAAGCAUGGCAAAAUCACUGCUCAGAUGAUUCACUUUUAAAAAGUUAUUCUAAUACUAUGCACAAGCUUGCAUCACAGUUUUGGGAUACAAAUAAUAAAAACGAACCUUCAAGUUGUAGAAUUUCAUGGAUAUCAAACAAUAUAUUAAAAUAUUUUCAAGAAGAUUAUACACAUGAAAUAAUCCGAGAAAAAUCCUUAGCUCAAAGAUUUAAUGUAUUUUGGAGCACCGAUGAUAUAAUCUGUAUGCCUGAAAAUCCUUUUUAUCUACUUGAUGUAGGAAGUUGUUAUAAUCCUUUUCAUAAGUAUUUAUCAUAUAAAGUGUUGCCUAUAGAUAUAGCACCAGCUAUCAAAAACGUUGUUAAAUGUGAUUUUCUAACAGUACCUCUGGAUGUUAAGUUAAAUAUUUUUGAUAAUGUUUGUCAAACAUUACCAUUGUCCACCUUUGAUAUAGUCGUAUUUUCUUUAUUUCUUGAAUAUUUUCCAUUACCACAACAAAGGUAUAAAUGCUGUGAAAAAGCUUAUAAUGUUCUUAAAUCAGGUGGUUUAUUAGUUAUUGCAACGCCUGAUUCUAGUCAUGCAUCAUAUAAUUCCAAAAUAAUGAAAAAUUGGAAAAUAUCAUUAAGUAACUUAGGAUUUUGGCGUAUCAAAUAUGAAAAACUUACUCAUAUACAUUGUAUGGUAUUUAGAAAAUGUUUAUUUAAACAAAUUCCCAGAAAUUGGUUGCAUUCUCUGAAUAUUAUAAAUAACAUUGAAGAAUUAAUAACAAUCCCACAAGACUCUAGAAAUUAUGACAAAAUGAAUGAACCAUCAACAACUAUAAUACAGCGUGAAGAUGAUGAUGAGGUUGCCAACUUAUUUUCUGAAUUAAUUAAUAUAUAAGUAAAGUAUUGUUAAAUACAAUUUGGAAUUUUUUAAAUUACAGUUUUAUGCUUAACCUAUAAUUGGA